AUGGACAUCGAUCCUCCCCAGGCCAGCGGGGGCGGCGACAAGAUCGACGACGCUUCCAUGCACACCAUCACCGCAUCCUCCCUCCAGAACCAAAACCCCUCCUACGACGGCCGCCCGCAGACUUCAUACUCAGACACCGGCUUCUCGAGAAGUUAUUCCCAGUCAGCAGACAAUACCCCCGACCAGUUACAGAACGGCAAUGGUCUCAGUAGACCGCCGUCAACGCAGAGCCAGGGACAGUAUGACCAGAAUGGCCAGCGGCAACAGGCACAGAAGAAUGCGUCGGUGGUGAUCAAGGUGGGAAUGGUGGGCGAUGCGCAAAUCGGCAAGACGAGUCUAAUGGUCAAAUACGUCGAGGGUAGCUGGGACGAAGAUUACAUCCAGACAUUGGGUGUCAACUUCAUGGAGAAGACCAUCAGCAUUCGCAACACCGAAAUCACCUUCUCGAUCUGGGAUCUGGGCGGUCAGCGCGAAUUCGUGAACAUGCUGCCUCUGGUCUGCAACGAUGCAGUCGCCAUCCUCUUCAUGUUCGAUCUUACCCGGAAAUCCACCCUCAACAGCAUCAAAGAAUGGUACCGUCAAGGACGUGGCUUCAACAAGACAGCCAUUCCAUUCCUAGUCGGCACCAAAUACGACCACUUCGUCAACUUCCCACGAGAAGAGCAAGAGGAGAUCUCGACGCAGGCUAAGCGCUUUGCCAAGGCUAUGAAGGCUAGCCUGAUCUUCUCCAGCACCAGUCACAGCAUCAAUGUGCAGAAGAUCUUCAAGAUCGUUCUAUCGAAAGCAUUCGACCUGCGAUGCACGAUACCCGAGAUCGAGAACGUCGGCGAGCCGCUUCUCCUCUACCAAGCCGUCUGA